UUUUAUUGAAUUUAUUUAAUACGCUGGUCACCCGUUGUAGCAAAAAUUCAAAAGAAUGAAUCUAUCCAUAUCUCGAUGGGACGUGGAUGCUCGAUUACAACAUUUUGGGUGGUCUUGGACCUAAUUUGCUAGAGAGCGAAGUGCGACCAAAAUUGAGCUUCUCGAACAGCUACCAUACACCGCAGACGUCGCACCCCACCCCAGCCGACAAUUCACCACGGCACCACUACAGCAAAUGGCCGCCGGCGCCACAGCCGCGGACAGCUCCACCGCCCCGGCGCCCCACGUCCUGGUCGUCCCGUACCCGGCGCAGGGCCACACGAUCCCGCUCCUCGACCUGGUCGGCCUCCUCGCGGCCCGCGGGCUCCGCCUCACCGUCGUCGCCACGCCCGGCACCGCCCCGCUGCUCGCACCCCUCCUCGCCGCGCACCCGGGCGGCGCCGUCCGCGCGCUCACCCUCCCGUUCCCCUCCCACCCGGCCUUCCCCGCCGGCGUCGAGAGCGCCAAGGGGUGCCCGCCCGUGCUCUUCGGCGCGCUCAUCGUCGCCUUCGCGGGGCUCCGCGCCCCGCUCGGCUCCUGGGUGCGCGCCCGCUCGGGAACUCCCGACCGCGUCGUCGCCAUACUCUCUGACUUCUUCUGCGGGUGGACGCAGCCGCUCGCCGCCGAGCUCGGCAUCACUCGCGUCACGUUCUCGUCCUCUGCCGCUUACGCCACCGCCGUGCUCCACUCGCUCCUGCGCCGGCUGCCCAGGCGCGAGGACGAGAGCGACGACGAGUGCCCCAUCGCCUUCCCGGAUCUCCCGGGCGCCCCGGUGUACCCGUGGAGGCAGCUCAGUUUGCUCUACCGGACGUACAAGGAAGCCGACGAGGUUACGGAGGGCGUCAGGAGCAACUUCCUCUGGAACCUGGGUUGCUCGUCGUUCGUGUCGAACACGUUCCAGCGGCUCGAGGGGCGGUACCUGGAGGAGCCCCUCGCGGACCUGGGCUUCCGGCGCGUGCGUGCGGUAGGGCCGCUGGCACCGGAGGCCGACGCCGCGGGCAAGCGCGGCGGCGAGACGGCGGUGGCCGCGGCCGACCUGUGCGCCUGGCUCGACAAGUUCGAGGACAAAUCCGUCGUGUACAUCAGCUUCGGGAGCAUGGCGGUGCUGCAGCCCGCUCACGCGGAGGCGCUGGCCACCGCUCUGGAGAAGACAGGCGCGGCGUUCGUGUGGGCGGUCGGGCCGACGGUGACGCUCCCGGAUGGGUUCGAGGAGCGCACGGCGGCGGGCGGCAGGGGCACGGUGAUCCGCGGAUGGGCGCCGCAGGUGGCGCUGCGGCACCGGGCGGUGGGCUGGUUCGUGACGCACUGCGGGUGGAACUCGGUGCUGGAGUCCGCGGCGGCCGGGGUGACCAUCCUGGCGUGGCCGAUGACGUCCGACCAGUUCGUGAACGCGCGGCUUCUCGCGGACGAGCUGCGCGCCGCCGUGCCGCUCUGCUGGGGCGGCGUCGUCACGGCGCCGAGCGCCGACGAGCUGGUGCGCGUGCUCGAGUCGACCGUCGUGGGGAAGGGGCGGGCGUGGGCCGACGUGGCCGCGCGGGCCAAGGAGCUGGCCGAGGAGGCCGCGGCGGCGGUGCGCGAAGGCGGCAGCUCGUGGCGGGAGGUGGAGGAGCUGGCGCGGGAGCUCCGCGAGCUCGGGAGAGUGGAUAGCACAUAGCAGGCGAAGCGAAGAAGCCGCGCUGUGAGCAUCGAUCUGAAACGGCUCCUGUUCAUCCAAAAUCUGGGGGCCUAACUGGCGAUAUACUGAGGAUCAAUGAAAUAGAUUGUGCAGAACUUACGAAGGCGGCACAAUUUUGGUUUCAUUUCGACAUAGAAAGUUCAGCAGUUGCCAUACAUCAAAUAUUUUUUGCAUUCGAUCCGCUGUAAAAUGUACUACUCCCUCCGUUCCUAAAUAUAAUUCUUUUAAGAGGUUUCAGUA